AUGGGAGAGAGUGAAACGCUGUCUCAUGAAACAAUUAAAGAUAUAGAAGAAUACGUCUGCGAAAUUUAUGGGAACCGAGAAUUAUCCAGCGUCAAUAAGGCUCGGUUCGAAAUUUUCUUGGAUUGCUACAAGCCAAAAUCGAAUCAAUCUCCUUUCGGGGGUAUCAAGAAUUUUGAGGCCAGUCAAAUCCCUCCUUGUAAGGAUACAUUGAUUUGCAAAAUACGACGUACAAAUCAAAUUGCAGCUACUUGGAAAUUUGCUUUUAGUGAGAAACCAAAUUUCUUCAACCCGGAAGGAAAUGGAUGGGUUGAAGAAGACGGCGAAUAUAAAAUAAAUUGGUUCGAGAGCGAACAGUUUCCGCAAAACCUAAAUGAAGCACUAGUAGCUUCCGAUGAUUCAAGUGAAGUUGAAUCUGAAGACGCUCACAGUAGCGACGAUGAUGAGUAG